UAUUUGACACUAAAUCGUAAGUAAGCAGUUCAAACAUUGGGUCGGGUUUAUUUUAUCUUCACGAAUAAAGUUAUCCAGAGAAAAGAAUAAAAUGGGAAUUUAUCAGCAAUUGCUAGUGCCGCAUCGGUUUUGGACCAGAGUGGCACUAUUGAGUGUGUCCAUCGUUUUGCUGGGGCUUCUUAUAACAAUCUCGUUAGCGCAAUACGAAACAAAGCAUCGCCUUCACAUGGUCGAAUACCAGCAUCGUUUGUUCGUGGAUGAAUUGUCGCGCGUAUCGGAUUCGGGCAAGAAAAGCCAUUUGGCCGAAGACGCAAUACUACGGUUACAAGUGCGCAAACAACAACUGAUGCAUUCAUCGUCAAUGGGCGCAGUUGAUAAACUAAUCACCGAACUGAAGGAAAUCAAACGAAAAAUCAGUCCCGAUAAGACAGUGGGACACAGUGGUCGGCCUGAUUUUGCGCUACAAACGGCUGGUGCACAGAUUUUGUCGGUCGGUAAAACUAAAGUGUUGACACCAUUUCCGCAAUGGUUGUCCAGCAUCUAUGGAUUCCAUAGUAUCAGCAAAUAUUUUGUAAACGGUGCUCAUCGCGUUAUACAACCAUCAAUUCAUCCUGGCGAAUGUUUUGCUUUCACCGGCCCAGGCGAAAUAAUCAUAAAACUGAUAAGAAAUGUGUUCAUCGAUGCGGUCGGAAUUGAGCACAUUCUACCACAAAUGUCACCCGACGGAUUCAUUUUGAACGCUCCAAGCGUAUUCAGUGUUUACGGCAUGGAAAACGAAGACGAACCGAAUGAUACGCAUCUUGGUACCUAUCGCUAUGACAUUGAGAAAUACCAAUCGCUGCAAGGAUUUCAACUGCCAGCCAAUUCCACCGAUAAAAGUUUUCCAAUUGUAAAAUUUGAAUUUGCACCGAAUGAAAACCGGGCUCUUAAUUACACGUGCAUCUAUCGAGUUCUUGUUUAUGGCUCAUUAAUCAAACCAAAUUAACCAAAUUUAUACAUACACUUUAAGCUUAACCAUACUUUUUCCCGCUGUACCGAGAAUGAAAAAACUUCAAUUUC